CGUUUGUCGGAAAACGGGUGGUGAUAAACAUAAGUCAGUGUUCCUGUUUACGUCUGGUUGAAAUUUCGGGAAAGAGAACACGACAGUGACGGUGCAAGCCCGAUCCGCGCCUCAGAAAGAGGUUUAAAAGUGCUAUUUUGCAGUAAAACUUGCAGCACUACGCCUGCACCUCUCCUGUCGCUAGACAGGCCGUUUCAAUGCAUUACAGAGAGCCGUUAUCACCGAGGAGAUGGACGCCAGCGACCUGUUCUCGAGCUGCAGAAAGGGCGACGUUGCGAGAGUGAGAUACCUGGUUGAACAGAGAGAUGUGGAACUGAACAUAAGAGAUAACUGGGACAGUACACCGCUGUACUAUGCAUGCCUCUGUGGACAUGAGGAGUUGGUGCAGUAUUUGUUGGCCAAUGGAGCGAAGUGCGAAGCGAAUACGUUCGAUGGUGAGCGAUGUCUGUACGGAGCUCUGAGCGACUCCAUACGCCGCCUGCUGAAGGAGUACAAGCGGAUCACGGCUAAAACCAUGCAGCGGGAUUACUACGAGCAGUUCCUGCAGACGCUGCUGGAGCAGGGCUCAUACAGCGAUGUGACGUUCAUGGUGCACGGCGAGAUGUUCCGCACGCACCGUUGCGUCCUCAGCGCCCGCUCCGAAUACUUCGCCCACAUGCUGGAGACCAAGUGGAAGGGCAAGACCAUGAUCGCUCUCAAACAUCCACUGGUGAAUCCGGCUGCGUUUGCCGCCAUCCUGCAGUACUUCUAUACUGGUCGUCUGGACAUCGACGUGAGUUACGUGGAAGACUGCAAGCGUCUGGCCAAGCAGUGCAAAAUCAGCGAGCUCAUCGAGGAGCUGGAGGUCAAGUGCAAGCAGGUGCAAGAGUUUGUGUCCAAUAAGCCGGGGACGUGCGUGAAGGUGCUCACACUGGAUCCUCACGACUGGCAGCUGCAGGACGGCAUGGCUCUGUUAGCCGACAGCGCUCUCCCCGCCGAUCUGAGGGUUGGAUACGGGCAGCUUCCUUUUGAUUUGACGGACAGUUUUCCCAGCUACCCUGACAUCUGCUUCCGGGUGGACGGUUAUGACUUCCUUUGUCAUAAGGCAUUUUUCUGUGGCCGUAGCGAUUACUUUAAGGCGUUGGUGGAAGAUCAUUUCAGUGAGGGAGAAACCCUGCAGUCUCUCCCCGAAGUUCCUGUCAUCACCCUACAUGAUGUAUCUCAUGAGCUAUUCACCAAAAUCCUCUACUACAUCUACAGUGAUAACACACAGCUGUCCCAUGAUAGCGUGUACGAGGUGCUAUGUGUAGCGGACAUGUACCUGUUGCCGGGUCUGAAGCGUCUGUGUGGCCGCACCCUGGCUGCGCUGCUCAGCGAGGAAAACGUUCUGCACAUGUGGAAGACGGCCAAACUGUUCAGCCUGUCGCGCCUCGAGGACCAGUGCACGGAGUACAUGGCCAAGAUCAUCGAGAGGCUGGUGGAAAGGGCGGAGUUUGCAGAGCUAAUCCGAGAGGACGCUGCGAGCGUGGCGGCACGCCAGGAGACGGACUCCAUCCCGCUGGUGGACGACAUCCGCUACCACAUCAGCAGCAGCGUUCAGACGUACAGCGCCAUAGAGGAGGCCAACCAGAAAGUGCACGCCCUCGAGCUCCUGCUCAACUACAUCGGCCUGGACUGCUGAACACACACACACACACACACACACACACACACACACACACAGUGAGAGAGCGAGGACGAUGCGUAGGCUAACGCACUGUGACGUUACGGCUUUAUUUACGCUUUCUGUGCAACUAAAACGAGUAGCAUUCAGUUUUAGAGUGACAUUUAACUGAUAUUUAACUUUAACUCGCUUUAAUACACAACCAUGCAGAAUGAAGUUGAUAAAAAGCUUUAAGUAAGUUUACUUAUUGUUUUUACUUUAGCUUAGGUUCGGUUCUUAUUAACCCGAACAAGACCCGGUCAGAUAUUAUUUGUGUAUCCGUUUAGCAUGGCUACAUAACAGUACAGUUACAGUGACAUGAGGUUUGGGCUGCACAAUAAUGCCUAAAAUCCUCAUUCUUCACAAUUAUUUAAGCAAUUUAGGAGCUAAAUAGCUUCACUGCAUCGCUUCGAAUAAACAGGAAAGAAUUUAAUUAUCUGUCGAAUUCUCCUUUAGAAGCCUCUAGAUACAAAUACAGAUACAAAAAAAAAAAAAACCGACGACAACGACGCAAUUAUCAGCAAAUGAGUCGUUUUUCAAAAUAUAAAGACAUAAAUAAACAGGCCACAGGAAUCCUGUGAACUAAUGCAUCUUAAACUCUGGUUAAUGUUCACCAAGUAUCCUUAGCUAAGCCGACCAACCCUGGAGUUAAUUACGUUUAAUUAAUUAAGAAAUCUGAAAUUCACGACGUAAAUGCCGUCAUAUAAUAACGUUAAGCAAAAGUGCUUUCUUUUCUUCGUCAGAUAAUGAGGGCUUUCGUAAAAAUAGAUAAAUAUAUAAAGACUUUAAACGUUUACCUGCAGGUUUGGCAGUGUGCUCGUAGAUAGAAAUUGUUUCUGUUGUCUCUAUUAAAAGAUGUUUGGACACAAAUACAUAAAAUACACUGAUAAAAUAUAGAAGAUAAAAAAUAUAUAAGUGAGGAGCUUAUAAUAAUGCACCACUUAGUAAUAACUGACAUCUAAUUGGAGCUAACCAUUUUAGCUAAGCUCAAUAAUAAUAAUAAUAAUAAUAAUAAUAAUAAUAAUAUCAUGCUGAUUUAAACACACUUAUCCGUUCAGGCAUGACAUAAAUGGCCUUAUUAUAAUAAUAUUAUAAGUGCUUACUUUCUCUUCAUUAUUAAAAGCUCAUGGGGUCAUUUAUAUAACAGUUUACCUACAGGAUCCGAAAUGCGUUAUUAGAUACAGAUUAGGAGACGAAAUAUAACAAAUAUGUUUAUUUAAGAGAGGUUGAGCUGCUCCAGUGAGAUCUCAUAUAAUACAAAUUACAAUUUCUUUCUUUUUUUUCUUUUUUUUUUUUGUUCUGUUUUAUUUUGCGUCGUGUGUUAUGAGCUGAAAUUACUUCUGGAAACAAAACAAAACAAAAAAAAGACGUCUCUAAACUAAGAGAUGGGUUCGUGACGCACACUUUUCACCAAUGUGUUGACGGGAUCGCGUGCGUCGCGACCGAAGCUAGAGGUAUCGAGCUUUAUUUGCGAUUAGAAUACGUGAAUCUCCGUGUAGACGUGUGAGUCUGAAUGCAGUGUGUUAUUACCUGAGCUCAGGUGUGUGAGGAUCUGGACAGAGCGAUAAACGUGGAUUGGAUUCAGACGUUUUGAGACCUUCGGUUUAUAAGGUUCCGACACGUUUUCAUCAGUUAAUGUAUUAUUCGUAACUCAUUUAAAAUACGCCGCUAAACAUCCGCGGGUGGCGAAUUUGUUGCGUUCUUGAUUCCGAAUACUGAUUGGUCAGAAGGUGCCGAUUGAUUUUAACAUUAGCGCAGGCUGUAAUUCGUAUCACCGUUUCUGUUGACGUGCUCGUUUUAAUUCGUCAUCAUUUCUACAGUAACAAUUUACACAGCGACUUGUAACCACAACAACAACAAAAAGCCUCGAUUAAAAUCGACAUGUUGAAGUCGUUUGUUUAUUUUUGAUAUAUUUACGGAAGGAGUCUCCAGUAUCAGAGCUUUGUAGCAGUCAGAGGAAUAUAAAUCAUUGUAAUAGUUGGCAAAUUGCUGUGGUCGAAGAGGAAUAAAAUACCGAGACAUUCUGUUAUUACAAAAUGAUCACUAUAUCAAAAUCACAGAAUCGUCUGAACCUUAUCAUCUCCUUAACUAACUUGAUUUACUGCGUUAGUUAACAUGAACCUUAUAAAGCCAAGGUCUUGAUUUAUUCAGCUGUGCAAUAUUCUACAACAGUUUUACAUUAUCUAGGUCUGGUGCUAAGCUUGUGUUUUACUUUAGUGGUUUUAUUAUGAUAAUUUUUUUUUCUUUUUAUGGCGCUUCGGUUUCACUCUGCGGUGCUCUCAAAGAAACAGUGUAGCGUGAAAAAUGAAAUUUACACCCACGUCCAAAGGUAGUAGACCAGCUGAGACACGUGUCUAAAAAACAACAGAACAAAGGGUUUUGCACUGGGGCGAUGAGUCUAAUGUUGCUAGGAACUAAGAACCACCAGUUUAGUUUCAUGUGUUUACAUUUACAGCAUUUGGCAGAUGCACUUAUCCAGAGCGACUUUUAUACAACUGAGCAGUUGAGGGUUAAGGGCCUUGCUCAAGGGCUCAGCAGUGGCAGCUUGGCAGUGCUGGGAUUCGAACUCGCAACCUUCGGAUCAGUAAUCCAGUGAGCUUCCAGUGGUUAAGACAUUUAUUGAUGUACAAUUUAAUGAAACCGCAUGAGAUGUCUUGCCUAUUUAGUGACAGAAUUCACGUUCGCACGUAGCACGUUCACCUCACACGACCAGGGUUGGGAGUUCGAUUCCCGCCACUGCAGAGUUUGCACGUUCUCCCCGUGCUGCGGGGGUUUCCUCCGGGUACUCCUUGUGCCCCAUGCUCCCUGGGAUAGCCUCCAGGUUUCCCGUGACCCUGUAGCAUAAGCGGUAUAGAAAAUGAAUGGAUGGAAACAUCAUACACUAAACACGUCUUGGCUGAUCGACUAUGUUGGGAAGAGUAACAGUGUGUAAAUUUUAAUUCUUUACUAAACUCUUUCUUGAAUGUCUAGACUAUAAUGUCUCAAUGGCUUUGUUUUUGUAUGUGUGUGUGUGUGUGUGUGUGUGUGUGUUAGAGAGAGCGAGAGAAAGAAUGAGUGUGUCGGACGUUAAUAGUGUGUCCAAGGACAGUUUUGGUCCAGAUUUGAUGCAGAGGGCGCACUAAUUUCUAAAUAGCAGUAAUAUUUUUCACACUGGCAUGAAAUUAGUUUUGUGAGUAUAAAACCAGAAUGCAUAGAAGCAAAUAAAUAACCGUUAUUUAAAAAAAAAAAAAAAAAAAGCAAACCUGUUUGAAUGUCUUCUUGAAAUGUUAAUGCCCAGAUGCUGUACUUAAAUUAUUUCUCUACAGGGGGCGCUAUAUACCUGCACUUUCAGCACGUGUUGUCUCAGGCAAAGGUAAAUCGUUAAUCUCAGUCUUGGCUUGCAAUUUAAAAAAUAAAUAAAAACAGUUCUUUUGUCA